ACGAGUGUGACAUCUGUGAUGCGCAUUUUAGAGAGGUGUAAAUGACAUGUGGAAAAAUAAAUCAAGGAAAUGGUCAAUUCCAUUAUGUAGUAUAAAUUAUAUAAGGAAUAAUAAAUGUAGAAAAGCUAGAGGGUUGUUUUUAUUUUUUUAUUUUUUUUACGGUGACAGUGUGCCUAUCUAGGCAACAAUGUUCUAUUCGGUUACACGACAUGUUAGUAUGCCUCGAUACUUGCAUACUCUUUUGCUACACACUCAAACGUAUGUACUUUUUCUUCACAAAAUGAGUACAUACUUGUAGUGCGUAGUAUAAGUAGGCAAAUUGGGACGAGGCAAAUGUCAUGUUUUAAACACAUCUAUUACAUCAUGAAGCAUUUCCAAUACCAACUGGUUUCACCAUAGCCUCAGAAGCACUGAUGAAGUGCUCCUUCAUAGCUGAUGAAGGACUUUUUUUGCUCUGUUUUACUGGAAACUUGUGUACUAUUCUGUUAUUUUACCACCUUUACUUGGAUUAUUUAAUCCAAGUUUUUCACAACUCCACAUAUUUCAUGUUACCAGACAUUUAUUUAGGCAGGUCAGUUCUAAUUUGUUCACAUCAGAGGACACAGUACUGAUGUGGAAAUAAGCAAAGUAACCCCGCCCCCCCCGUGCUGACGUCACACAGACCCGGAAACUGCGUGGUAAUGAAUCGAAGUAGUGUUACUCGUCUCUGACAGCCAGCACUACAGUACACAGCUGAUGUGUAUCUUACCACGUUAAUUAUUCUGGAUAUAUUUCCCCACCCCAGCGGAUCUUUUUCACCGUAAACGCGUUAACGAUUCAAUUAAAGGUAAUCGUAAACUAACUGUGUUACCUUUAAUCUGAACCGGCUGAAGUUAUUCUUUAGCUAGCUAGCUAGCUUCAGCUACUCUAUGAGUAGUCAUGGAUGGAGGAUGGAGGGGAUCACGCUUCCCUCACGGUCCUGUGACGGCCAGCAUGCCUGUAAGACUACGUAUCUUCUCUCUCAACUGUUGGGGAAUUCGCUACAUUAGUAAGCACCGUGCUCAGCGAUAUGCCAUGAUUGCAGAUCUGCUAGUCAAGGAGCAGCAUGAUGUAGUAUUGCUGCAGGAGGUUUGGAGUGAAAAAGACUUCCACUUCUUGAAAACGAAACUUGGCAGCACACAUCCUCACUCCCAUUAUUUUAAAAGUGGAUUUUUUGGGAGUGGAUUGGCGGCCUUUUCCAGGCAUAGAAUCCAUGAUGUCUUUCUCUACAAAUACUCCUUAAAUGGUUAUCCCUACAUGGCCCAUCAUGGAGACUGGUUCGGAGGCAAAGCGGUUGGGAAAUUACUGCUGAAUAUCAGUGGGUUGAUGGUGCAUGUCUACGUCACUCAUCUACAUGCUGAGUAUUCCAGAGAGCAAGAUUCCUAUCUCCCUCACAGAGUGGUGCAGGCCUGGGAACUCCAAAACUUUAUUCGGCACACAUGUGCUGGGGCAGAUGUAGUGAUAUUAGGGGGGGAUUUAAACAUGCAUCCGGAAGACCUCGGUGUAAGAUUGCUGUGCAGCUACAGUGGACUCCGGGACUGCUUCAUUGAGGCAGCCAGUUUUGAUGGAUGUGAACAGGGAUUCACCCAUAUAACAGACAACCCCUUCACAAACACUCAUGAACUUCUUCCGUUUGGAGGAGGAAUCCGUAUCGACUACAUCUUAUUCAAGGGAUCAGGGAGAGUGGAUGUGAGCUGUGAAUCUCUGUCCACUACUAAGGGCUCUGUUCCUGGCUAUGAAUUCCCUUACUCAGACCAUGAAGCUCUCAGCACUGAGCUGCUGCUUUGCGCUUUGAAAGACGAGAAGGGAGAAAAAGAUUGCACUGCAGUUAGUCUUUCUGGGCUGAUAAACACUGUGACUGAGGCUCGUACGGAGGUGAAGGUGGGCCUGCAUUGUGCUGAGCGCAUGCGCUACACGGCUGCACGCACAGGGUUUAUGGGCCUGGCCUUGCUGCUGCUGGAGAUAGCCAUAGCUGCUGUACCUAUAUUCUCCCUGGGAGUUGAACAGCCUUUCCCCAAAGCUUCCUUCUACCUACUAGGGGCGCUGUGCUUCGCCAUCCUUCUUUCUGCCGCCUUCCUGUACAUCUUUUACAGCAUGGAGGUGAAGUCCCUACAAGGAGCAGAGGACCAGAUGAGGCUUGCAGUAGGCAGCCUGCAAGAACGUCUGAAGGGGUUACCUAAGGUUAUAGACGAGAACCAUUCUCAAAGCGAGCCUGACACUUUGGAACCGGAAGACUGAACAACCAGGAUUCAAGGCAGUGAACACUGCUGAACCACUUAAUUAAAUUUGUGGGAUGUUUCCUUGCUUCUUACAAGUUGACAUGUCUGCUUAUUUCAUAGUCUUUAAACAAGGCUUAGCUGAACCACUCUCCAGACCGGUCUGGUUGAAUCUGCCUCGUUUAAGAUGGAUCAAAUCUGCCUCAUGGACCUGAUUCUCUUUAUGGCCCCGUUCACACCUGGUAUAGACAUGCGUCCUGGAUGGACAGCGCUAAGUACAGCUGUGAACUCAGCCACAUUUGGAGGUGAUCUGGGACACGUAUCCCUUUUUCAGUUUGAAUGCAAUUGCGUCUCGAUGCUUCCCAAGAGCACACCAAUCAUGUUUUAUCCCUUACUAACUCUACACUUACAUGCCUCAUUAGAAAAAUGGACCAGUUACUCCUCUUAUUUAAUGAUAUUUCAACUUAUUUCUUGUAGUCAUUAAGGCGUAUAUGCGUUUUAUGUUGGCAUUAUGCAUUUUUACAGAUCUUACAAAAGAUUUUUGUAUUUAUCAGCCCCAGUAGAAAUUGCUUUUUUUUUUUUUUUUUUUAAAUACCAGACUGAUCUCAAUCCUGCAGGGCAGAUGAUUUUAAUAACCACUCAUUUCUCUUACAUUAGUUUAAUUUCCUCCUUAAAUCAGAUGU